AUGAAGCUGGUAACUGUGCUCCUGCUGGCGACCAUCAGCAUUUGCAGUUACUCUGCUACCGCCUUCCUCAUCAACCGUUUGCCAGUUCCUGUCAAUGAUGUCUUACCUUUACCUGUGGACAACAUUCUCCCCUUCAAGGAUCCAUUAAAGCUUCUUCUGAAUACUCUGGGCAUUUCUGUUGAGCAUCUUGUGGAAGGGCUAAGGAAGUGUGUGAAUGAGCUGGGACCAGAGGCCUCUGAGGCUGUGAAGAAACUGCUGGAAGCCCUGUCAUAUUUGGUGUGA